AGGACAGGAAUCACCAUGAAGAGCUUGAUCAUCCUAAUGGCUUGCCUCAUCCUCUCAGAGGCAGCCAUCAAGGUUCCCCUGAUAAAGGGUAAGUCCAUCAGAGAGCAUCUAAGGGAGAAGGGCAUCCAUUUGCCCUACACUGAUCCAGCCCUUAAGUAUCAGCCUCCUGAGGUCCUGGCCACUUCAACCAUAACGCCCAUUACAAACUAUGCUGAUUCAUACUACUAUGGCGUGAUCAGUGUAGGCACACCACCCCAGUCCUUCCAACUGCUCUUCGACACAGGCUCUUCCAAUCUGUGGGUCGACUCUGUGUACUGCAGCACCCAGGUAUGUGCUACACACACCAAGUUCAAUCCUCAGCAGUCCUCCACCUUCCAGAGCACCUCCCAAACCGCCUACCUGCGAUACGGAUUUGGAUCUAUCAGUAUUGUCUUCGGUUAUGACACUGUCACUCUGUCUGGCAUCCAAGUCCCUAACCAGGUGAUCGGUCUGAGCACCAAUGAGCCAAACGACACCUUUUUGAUGGCCCCAUUUGAUGGAAUUCUUGGUCUAGCCUACCAAUCUAUUUCUGUCGACAAUGCCAUGCCCCUCAUGGACAACAUGAUGCAGCAGGGUCUCCUCGAACAAAACCUGUUUGGAAUCUAUCUGAGCACCUUGGGACAGAAUGGCAGUGAGGUGACAUUCGGUGCUGUGGACACCAACAGGUAUCAGGGUCAGAUCUACUGGACACCAGUAACUGCUGAGACCUACUGGCAGAUUGGCAUUCAGGAGUUCCAGAUUGAAGGAAAGCAGACUGGUUGGUGCUCUCAGUAUGGUGGCUGCCAGGCCAUUGUGGACACCGGUACCCCAAGCCUCACUGCCCCUGGCGCAAUCAUAUCCUCUCUGAUGCAGUACAUUGGGGCACAACAGAACAGUUACGGCGAGUAUAUUGUGGACUGUAACCAGGUUGGCAAUCUCCCUACUCUGACCUUUACCAUCAGUGGGGUGACUUUCCCUCUGGCUCCUUCUGCCUACAUCCAAGAGCCCCAGAGUGGUUACUGCAUCGUUGAUAUCUACCCGACCUACCUGCCCGCUCAGAACAACCAGCCUCUCUGGAUCUUUGGUGAUGUCUUCCUCAGGGCCUACUACUCUGUGUACGAUCGCGAAAACAACCAGGUGGGUUUUGCCUGGGCUAAGAACCAGAGUUGCUACUGCACCGUGAACAUCUGCCCCACCAACCUGCCCUAUCUGAUCAACCACCCUCUCUGGAUCUUUGAUGAAGGCUUCCUCUGGGUCUACUACUCUGUGUUUGAUCGUGAUAACAACCAGUAUGCGACUGGUGUGUGUAUAAAAAGCUUGCGUUGUGCGAACGGUUGGUGUGUUCAUUCGGGCAAAGAGAGAACAAGAAUCACUAUGAAGGGCCUAAUCAUCCUUAUGGCUUGCCUCGUCCUCUCGGAGGCAGCUAUCAGGGUUCCCCUGAUAAAGGGUAAGUCCAUCAAAGAGCGUCUGAGGGAGAAGGGCAUCCAUCUGCCCUACACUGAUCCAGCCCUUAAGUAUCAGCCCCCAGAGGUCCUGGCCACUUCCACUAUUGCUUCCAUGACCUAUGCUGAUUCAUACUACUUUGGCGUGAUCAGUGUAGGCACACCACCCCAGUCCUUCCAAGUGCUCUUCGACACAGGCUCUUCCAAUCUGUGGGUCAACUCUAAUUACUGCAGCACCCAGGCAUGCACGGCACAAGCACAGUUCAACCCUCAGCAGUCCUCCACCUACCAGAGCACCUCCCAAACCUUCUACCUGCCCUACGGAGCUGGAGCUCUCAAUGGCGUCUUUGGUUAUGAUACUGUCACUCUGGCUGGAAUCCAAGUCCCUAAUCAGGAGAUCGGUCUGAGCACUAACGAGCCAAGCCAGCCCUUCCUACAGGCUCCAUUUGAUGGAAUUCUUGGUCUGGCCUACCCAUCUCUUGCUGUCGGAAAUGCCAUGCCCCUCAUGGACAACAUGAUGCAGCAGGGUCUCCUUGAACAAAACCUGUUUGGGAUCUAUCUGAGCCCGGCUGGAGGGUCUGGCAGUGAGGCGGCUUUCGGUGCUGUUGACACCAACAUGUAUCAGGGUCAGAUCUACUGGACACCAGUAACUGCUGAGACCUACUGGCAGAUUGGCAUUCAGGAGUUCCAGGUUUCAGGACAGCAGACUGGCUGGUGCUCUCAGUACGGUGGUUGCCAGGCCAUUGUGGACACCGGUACCCCCAGCCUUACUGCCCCUAGCAACGUCUUGUCCUCUCUGAUGCAGUACAUUGGGGCUCAGCAGAACAGUUACGGCGAGUAUGUCGUGAACUGUAACGAUAUCAGCAGUCUCCCCACUCUGACCUUCACCAUCAGUGGAGUGGCUUUCCCUCUGGGUCCCUCUGCCUACAUCCAAGAGAACCAGAGUGGCUACUGCACCGUUGACAUCACUCCCACCUACCUGCCCUCUCAGAACAACCAGCCUCUCUGGAUCUUCGGUGACGUCUUCCUCAGGGCCUACUACUCUGUGUAUGACCGUGCCAACAACCAGGUGGGCUUUGCCCAGGUUGCCUGAACACCACUAACAACACUCCAAAGAAAUCUCUAAUGGAAGCUAUGGUCUCCAUAGCAUCAUUAAUACCUGUAUUAAUUACAUGGAAAUUGGAAGAUCUCUGUGGUAGACUGCUAUUUAGUGGAAUCUCUUUUGUCUUUCCAUUUCAAGAUUGGCAGUUAUAAGAAAAUUGAAUAAUGUGUUUUGGUGUUAAGUUGUUUUCAAACUAAAAUAUCUUUUUAAAUAUAUCUCCCUAUACCAUAUGUUGAAUCUCAAUCUUUCAAUUAAAAAAUAAAAUCAUGCACAAA